AAAGCACAUGUGUUAACAUGCCAGAGCUUCCAGCUGGACCCAAUAGAGACACUGCUGGAACUGUAAGUGGGAUAUGGUAUUUGUUUCCUGUUUAUGGGUUUGGUCUCAGCCUUCUUCCUGGCUUGGGUGUUAGUGGACCUGCAUGGAGAGAAAAGGAGCAGGAGGGACCACUGCAGACACUGUAGUUAAAAUUGAGGUUGUGAAGAUGUUUUUAGUAAGUACAAGUAAUUAAUAAGGACAAUUUUAAUUUUUAGUAUCAAAGUAUUUUCAAAUUUUUUUUUCGUCAAAGCUUUGACAGUUUGAAUACUUCAAAAGCACUGGAAAUCAGUCAUUCAAUUCCUGUACUGAAGAAUAGGGAUUAUAAUCCCAUUUUACCCUGUAGUAUUUUCUAGGAGCUUUAAACUGGUGCCAUCUUAACCUGAGGAGAGCUUUAACUGCCAGCAUGAGAGGAAGAUCUCAAAUAAGGUCUUGAAAAGCUUUAGCAGAGGAAAUGUCUGCCAUGUGAGACAGUUUUGAAAAGGGGGUCAGAGAAAGAGCCAUGGAGAUGUUGAGGGCACUUGCCCUGCUGGUGGACUGAAAUCCAGUCUGUCUCACAAUGAAAAUGUGUUUAUGCAAACAGUGUGUCAAUAAAAGACUAAGCACCGUCACGAGAACUCUCCCAGCCUGGUAGUUAAGUUGUUCUGGGAAGGGUAGAGGGUGGAUUCAUAUGUAUUUAGGCAGAGGGAAUUGGAUUGUGCUCUCCAGCUUUCUGGGUGAGUAAAAAAACUCCUAAGGUACUUUAUAAAAGACAUAAUGCAAACUCUUUCCUGCUACAGCCCUUACAGAACAAGAAUUUUUUUUUUCCUGUGGUUAUUAAAACAGAUCCAGCAAAGAAAAGAGAGAAAAUUGGUUAUCCAGUUUAUCUGGGUUGGAAACAGGUCAUCUUUUUCUCACAGGUGUUUGUAGUUACCAACUUAAUAGUAAAUAUUCUGUAACAUGGCAUAGGAAAAGUCCUUUAUCAUCCUGGCCAAGUUUGGUUCUCUGCCAUAACUUGUUUAUCAUCUUACUCCAAACUUUUCCGAAGUCCACACUGUCUUCUUUAUUGUGUACACAUUGUCAUAAAAAAAAAAAGCCAAACAAACCUAAACCUACUUACAGUCCUAUUUUCCUCAUUCCUGAAACCUCCUAACCUGGUUGACUUGUUGGAGUGCAUUUCAUGCAUUCUUAGCAGAUAGGCUGAAGGAAACGCCUCGUUCUGCGCAGCUAGAGGCUAGAAAGUGUGGGGAGUUCAUGAAUGUGGCUUGUCUUCUGCUGCAGUCACUGCAGUGCACUCAGAGCUGGCCGGGCCCAGAAAGAAUCCCGACCUGCUGGACACAACAUGAGUGUCCCACAUCUGGAAAAUCUGACUGGUGUGACACCGCUGCUGACAGUGAGUUAAGCCUGAACAGUUUUUUUCAUGUGUAAGAAAAUUCUGAGAAACCAUUUGAAGGCACUCUUCACAGGCACUUCAGAGUAUCCUUUGAGACAAAAAUUAGUGCAAUGCUAAUUGGAAAGCUUCUGAGGACUGAGGGAUUUAUGACUAGGAAAGAAGUCAGAUAAAUGUGUUGAACUAGGUUAAGCAGUGCUGUGUAUUGCAGGGUUAGUUGGAUGGAAAUACAUACCUAAUGAUUCAUGAGGUUUUGUGCAGUACAACUGGCUAUUGGCUAAAGGUUUCCCUGAUGUCUGAAAAGUAACAGCUUUCCUUUUGCUACCAAGGUAAAUCAAUUAUGCUGUGCAGUGUCAUGAGCUGACAAUGAGACUGGAAAAUUGAAUAGAAACAGCAGGCACUUCACUGCAUUUGUAACCUGAGCCUUGCUAAAUAUGAUUUUGAUUAGAGCAGGACUUGUGAGCUCUGGCUGGGAACUUGCUCCCUUGCAGCCAGAAGCUGUACAAACACAUGAAAACAAUGCUUCUCCAGGGCAAGCAGUGACAUUCCUUGUCUUACUCUUACCAUAUCUGGCAGCAGAGAUUUUUAAAGAGAACAAAAAGGAGUCUUAUAGUCUUCUGUUGACUUCCUGCAAACUAUUUUAGUGGAGUUCCUGCCUUGAACCUGUAAGUUCUGGUUGACCCAGAGUGUGUGUUUUAGUCUUGCUCCAAAGUUUUAAGCAGCUGGCAGACCCACCAUGUUCCUACUAACUUGUUUCAAACAAGAAAAGGUUAUUUCUUUUGUUGUUUGGUUUUUGGGUGUUUGUUUUUUUUUUACUUGAAUUUGCCAUGAUUUAAAUUUCCAAUAAUUUAAUCUGAAUGUCUUUUUCUAACAGGUUAAGCAACUAAUUACUCUUAGAAGUCUUUUUGUUUUGGAGAUCUGUGCUGACAGUGGUCAAGGGACUGUUGGCCAUAGAAAAUGGAAGAAACAAGGAAGCUCUCCCCAAAGCUGAGUAAAAGCAAAGAGCCUGUGAAAACAGAAUGGGGAUCUCAGAGCGUCGUGUUCACCUAUUUCCAAGGGGACAUUAACAGCAUGGUAGACGAACAUUUUUCUAGAGCUCUCAGCAAUGCCAAGAACCCCCAAGAUCUGAGCACAAAGCACAAGGAUGAGACCGUUGUCCUGAAAAAUGUAGACAGCAUGUCUCCCCAUCAGUGGAAUUUCUCUUCACAUUGCUACAGACCAUAUCCGUCAUCUUCUGCAACAAGCAUGGCAAAUUCUGCUCUGAAUUUUUCUGCUGCUGGUGUGGUAGGCCAGUGCCAGCCAUCAUCUCUGCAGAGUCGUCCAGCUCAACCUGCAGAUUUAUGGCCCUUCCCUCCAAUUGGAACUCCCAGUGUCACCAGUUCAGUGUAUCCUCACACCCUCCCUGACCUGCAUGUGGCUGAUGAGCCGAUCUCUGACAGGAAAUACAGUUCUCUUCUUGGCCUUCUGCAACAGGAAAGAUGCUUAGCAUCCAUGCAAGAAUGCACCAUGAAGCAACACUCAAGUUCUGCUUGUUUGACUGGACCUGCCAGGUUACAAAAUAUGAGUCAAAGUUCAGCUCCUGGGGGAGAGAGGAAAGCAAGCUCUUACCAAGGCUCAGAAAAUCCCAGUGUAAGUCAUGCCACUGCAGUUUCAGAUCCCAGAAAGAUAGAACAGCCCUUGCAUUGUACCUCAAGCACUCAUGUGGUAACACCGCUGCAGUUUGCACCAACAAACCCACCAUACUGCUGGGUGAGUUGUUCUAAGAAAUUAUUCCCAAAGCAUUCAGGCUUCCAUAUUUUUAUUGGUCUCUUGAGAGUGGUCAUACCCCAUGUCGGUUCUUUGAUGCGCAGUGUUUUGCGGAUACUUUGAAUGGGUCAUUCUGGUUAUUCUAGUAAGGGCUCUUUUGCACCAGACCCAAAGGUGCAAUUUUGUUUGCGUGACAUCUUAAGAGAUUGUGAGGACUGUGCUUGCUGUUUGACUGUCCUGAUGCUGCUGUAUCUUUCAGGUAUUCAGAUUCAUGACAGAAGACGAGAUUUGUACUUCUAGCAACUGAAUGUUUCUACUUUGGUGGGAAAGAGAAAGUUAUUUCUGUGGACUUUUAUUAUUUGCAACUGUGAAUCAAGAUGAAAUGAACUGCAGCUAUCUAUCCUGUGUUUUUCUCUCAGCUGGAAGAAUACAUGUACUAUUUACUGUUUGGGGAAUGACAAAAUAAUCCUUUUCUAUACAGUAAAUAAUUUCUAAUGUUUGUGGUAUUAACCUGACAGUAUGUUUGUUGUGGUGAUAUAUUGUCUAUUUAAGGCUUUUCAUGUAGCCCUCUUGAAAGGAUUCCUGCACUUUUUAAUCUUUCUGGGUUUAUUCAUUUACCAUCUCCUGAUAUGAAGCACAAUUCUUAUCAAUGCAGCUGAUAACCGAUAAGUGCAGGGAUGCAGUUAGCAUAAAUUCAAUGCUGCAGCUUCUUAGCUUGAUUUGAUAUCUCAGUAUUGUUUAAAAUAGUCUUAGACCACUUGCGAGAGACUUCAACCACAGGCUAGUAAAGCACAUUAUUUUAUUUAUGUUUUGAAAGUGCAGCAAUUUGUAACCGUACUUGCCUUCAGGGAUCCCAGGGAUACUCUUCAGAAGUUAUAUAAUAUGCCUGUGCCUGAAGGCUCUGUUUUGCCGUCUCACUAAUGUAUAAUCAUCCUCUAGAAAGCAGUGAAUUCACAGUAGCUCUGAGAGGAAACCUGGAUUCUCACUGAGUACAAUUAAAAUACCAUUCAGCAAAAAGCUGUAGGUAGGACUCUUCUAUUUUCCCAGCCUCUCUGCAGGCGUAAAUAAACUCUUUGGGUUUAUUUUUUCCUUCUCCAUUUGUUAUACAUUAAUAUAAUAUAAUGGAGCAUGAUUAGCAUUUUCUGACAGCUCUAUGCAGUUGCGUAAGGCAAUUUGACCUCUGAGAUCACAGAGCUUGUGAUUUUAUAGAACAAAUCCUGAGCUGGUGUAAGUGUUUGUGACUGUUGCACCAGAUAUCUCUGCUGCCACUGCUCCAGUUGUAACACCUUGUGUAAUUUUAUAAAUAAUGUGAGUUUAGCAACAUCAGGUACUAAUUUACAAACUGAGAUUUUAAAAAUAUUUUUUUUUAUUUUACUAGUCUGCUCUAGAAGUUACCUGCUCUAGAUCAAUCUGAGAUCACAAGAUUUAGUUAAAAUUCUGUUUUAACUAAAUUAAUAAAAGAUAUACCAGUAUCCUGUCUCCCUAUAGAUGAGCACUGAAAAAAACACCCACUCUUUUUUAAUAUUUCUACAAAAAUACCUUUCUUCUCUUUUAAGAAUACUUUUCCAAGUAGUUUUCUUUUGUUAUCCCAAAUCACUUGAUUCCCUGAUUUUUAAGGCUACAUUGUAAUAUAAUCUGACUUCCUCUGUGGGCCAAAGCCAAGAUUUCCAAGCUGUGCUCUGUACAUCUGUCUUACUGGCAUGCGCUAUAAGUCUAGCAAAUUAUAAUUCUAUUGCUUCAAAAUA